AUGUCGCAAAGUCGGCCGUCAGCCUUCAGCAAUCUCCGCAUGGGGGAGGUCGUCCGUGAGAAAGUCCAGGACGGUGUGACUGGCGAAACGAGAGACCUGCAGUACACGCAGUGCAAGAUCGUUGGCAACGGCUCCUUUGGCGUCGUCUUCCAGACGAAGCUCUCGCCCUCCAACGAGGAUGCCGCCAUCAAGCGUGUCCUGCAGGACAAGCGGUUCAAGAACCGUGAGCUCCAGAUUAUGAGAAUCGUCCGCCACCCAAACAUUGUUCAGCUGAAGGCCUUUUACUACUCCAACGGAGAACGCAAGGACGAGGUGUACCUGAACCUGGUCCAGGAAUACGUCCCCGAGACGGUAUACCGCGCGUCCCGCUUCUUCAAUAAGAUGAAGACGACCAUGCCCAUUCUGGAAGUGAAGCUGUACAUCUACCAGCUGUUCCGUGCCCUCGCCUACAUCCACUCGCAGGGCAUUUGCCACCGCGACAUCAAGCCGCAGAACCUGCUUCUUGACCCGACAACGGGCAUUCUGAAGCUUUGCGAUUUCGGUAGCGCCAAGAUCCUUGUCGAGAACGAGCCCAACGUCUCGUACAUCUGCUCCCGCUACUACCGAGCCCCGGAGCUGAUCUUUGGCGCCACAAACUACACGACCAAGAUUGAUGUCUGGUCAACUGGCUGUGUUAUGGCGGAGCUCAUGCUCGGCCAGCCGCUGUUCCCCGGCGAAUCUGGAAUCGACCAAUUGGUUGAGAUCAUCAAGAUCCUGGGAACGCCGACGCGUGAGCAGAUCCGGACGAUGAACCCGAACUAUAUGGAGCACAAGUUCCCCCAGAUCAAGCCUCACCCCUUCAACAAGGUCUUCCGCAAGGCCGACGCCAAUGCCCUUGACCUCAUCCAGCGCCUCCUUGAGUACACGCCCACGGAGCGGUUGGCCGCUGUUGAUGCCAUGGUGCACCCCUUCUUUGACGAGCUGCGCGACCCCAAGACGAAGCUGCCUGACUCGAGACAUCAGACCGGCACGCUCCGUGACCUGCCGCCUCUGUUCAACUUCACUCUGCACGAAUUGUCGAUUGCCCCGAACCUCAACCACAAGCUGGUGCCUCCCAACAUGGUCCCGGUUCUUCAGUCGCAAGGCCUCGACAUUGACAACUUCACGCCGUUGUCACGGGAAGACAUGAUGGCCAAGCUCGAUUGA